AUGUCGAGCAGUGCAACAGCCUCGGCCGGGAGUUCUUCCAGCGCUAUCCCUCACCCGGCCUCGACCAGUGCUGGUCUGGGUUCGGGAGCUGCUUCUCAAGAAAUCCAAGCUGUCCCCCCCACCCCCUUCGAAAACCUUUGCCUGUCUCGCCCAGGUGGACUUCCUAUUAUCGAAGGUCUUAGCCCUACGGAUGCUGUAGUGUUUUACUAUGGGGAAUACCAGCCUGAGUCUGAUAACAGAAGAACGAGCAGAUCACGCUCUGUUGGUGACUAUCAAUUACGCUAUGUUGGCGGGGCGGAGAAGUGGAAAGAGGAGGCUGAAAAAGAGGAGGCUGGAACCGAUGCAAAGGAUAAACAACCAGCCGCCCCAUCGAUCGCUUCUGAGCCUCCUCGAGCUACGUAUGAUAUUGUGUCCUUGGCUGAGAUUGAUAGCGCCACGGGUGCUCGUGGUGGAAAUAUACCCUGGCUGAAGGACAAUCGCCCGGCUCAUGUGCAGAUUCCAUAUAUUCAAACCUUUACUCUAGAAAAUAUCAAGAAACUCUUUGAUUCCUCCCCUCCUAUUCUGUACUCUCGCGAGCUGUUUCAAACAGAUGGGAAAGACCCAUUUAUCAACGCUGUAAGGGUUCGUGCUGAGGAAAGCUCACACAAUAUCUUCGUCGGACUACCGUAUCUAGGGUGCGGUCUAGAGACCAACGAUGAUAGCAUCCCCCAAGAUGGGAUCGAGAAUGGCAUGAAGCUCCCGUAUUACGGGGGAAGUGAGGGGGUUGAAGGAGGACCAGACUAUGGCAUGCGUGUCUGGCAGUCGUGGCAGAUACUCUUCGACGACACCAGACUUGCCCUCAUUAAGUCUCCCGACUCCCCGGGCUCUAAGUGUGCUCCACUAUUCGGUCACCAGACUACCUUUGGCCCCUUGCACGCGCUUGCAUUGAUCAUCGGGAACCUGUUCCGACAUGAAGUACAACCGCUUGAGGUACUCCGUGCGAAAGUGGACGAAGACAUAUCUAAUAUAGAAGCGAAAAUGAGUGAGCAUGUCUUACUCGAGCCUGAUCAACUUACCGGGGUCGUGAGAAGGGAUUACAGAGGCAUAAUAAGGGUUUCGGAUGGUCUUCUCGAAAGGCAUAUCUUGAAUCUGAAGACCAUUAUCGUCAUCCUGAGGAAACAGUUGUCGAUCCUUCGAGACUUAGAAACUAUCACCACUAACCAACAGGAUCCGCGCUACCGGCCGGCGUUCGGUAACCCCGUACCCUUACCGAAAUUCGAUGGGCAGAGUGAGCAGCUGAAAAACGCGCGGGCAGUCUUCGAACAAUUAAUCGUAGAAAGGGGAAGAGUACUGACUGAUAUGAAUACGAUGUUGGAUGAUGUGAAGAAGAGACGGAGUGAGCUUCGGGGUGAGCUACGUAUGGUUAGAGAACAGCUGCAGGAGGAAGGGAGGCACAAUCUUACCGUAGAUCUAAGUGCCGCUUUGGAAAGGCAGGGGGAGACUACCGUGAAGAUGAAGAACAUAAUGGCAAGGCAGGGACAGACGGUAUCGUUCUUUGCGUUUAUAACAGCUGUCUUUCUCCCGCUGGAGUUUUUUGCGCAGUACCUAACCAUGACAGGUGUAAGCACACACAGGGGGUUCUGGAUGAUCGCGGGGCCUGUCACCGUGGGUGUGAUGAUGCUGCUAGUUGUCUUCAUGUUUUGGGACGACGACAAAAUUAAAGAUCUUAUUGCAGGGGUUACGCCAUGGACAAGGAAUGAAUACAGACAGCGUCAAGUGAAGCUGGGGAUUAGGGAUAUAAAAAUGGUGGCGGCAGGGCCAGGGCAGAAUGAGAAGCUAAGUAAGGCGACCGGCCAACCGACUAGUCGGAAACCGGGAUGGCUCCGGGGAUGGUUAGGCCCCUCUAAGGCAAUAUCUGCAAGUGGAGAAACUGCGCCCCUCACCCAGGUAGUUACUGCCGACGCAGUUGGAGGCGUUGGGGGGAAUGGACGAGCGGCCGGGACCACUUUAUCAGUCCCACACAGCACCGAAUCACAGACAUCCAGACCUGGAGGCAGCCCUAGAGACCCUGCGGGCGGCAUCGGGCCUGCGAGGGGGACAGUAGCAACACCUAACCAACAACAAGAGAGUGAUCAAGUCGCAGCUAGUACCACAACACAAGGGACGGGGGCCUGA